CUGUGCGCGCAAAUUUGCUCAAGUCAAUACCACCCAAAAAUGUUGUGUGCGUAAGCGCGUUCCCGCACGAAUACUUUCCGUCGCUUGUCGGUACAUCAAAGGAAACGUGUGCUCAGUGUGGACGGUGUUUUUGUAGGAGCGGUUGUUCGCGCACAGUAUAAAAUAUGGAGUGGGCAAAUGAAAAUGCGCUCCAAUUAAUAGAUGAAUAUGAAAAAUAUCCGAUUUUAUGGAAUGCCAAACAUCCAGAGCACUAUUCAAGAAACAAAAAAGCAGAUGCGUGGGAACGUAUUGCGUAUAACUUAAAAGUGGAAGAGCAUGAAGCGAAACAGAAAAUGAAUAGUCUUCUAGGGUCAUUUCGUAGAGAAAAUGCAAAAGGAACAAAAAGUAUUGGGACAGGCAAAGGUCGGCAAGAUGUGUAUGUUUCGAAAUGGUAUGCAUUUAAAAGAAUGCAUUUCUUACUUGACAAAGAUGAACCAAGAGAAACAAUUGAUACAGAGACAGAAUGCGUUAUUGAUGACGUACAGAAUUCUGGGGAAAAAGAUCUCGGACCGUUUGAUAGUUCUCCCCAAAAUUCUAAUUUAGAUGCAAGUGAAGGAAACAAAAGACGUCAAAUUGACUUGCAAUCCGAAAAUGAACAGGAUGUGAAUGAAAUGUCUCCAAAACCGAAAAAGGUCAAAGCAAAAAGUAAAAAUGAAGAUCCAAGAUUGGAGGAAGCUUAUCAAAUUUUGAAAAAAGUGGCCGCACCUCAACCAGUCGUCACAGAAGAUGAAUUUGCAGUAUAUGGACAACAUAUAGCAAAGAAACUGAGAGGUUACAAUAGAAGGACUCGAGUCGAAGUUGAACAUGCUUUCAGUAGAAUUCUAUAUGAUGCUGAUAUUGGCAAAUACGAGUGGGUUGCUCCACCAGUGCAGUUUGUUCCUCAUACUAUGCCACAACAACUUACAACACCUCUUCCAACAAUGUAUCCUCCUAAUUCUACACCACAUUCUACCCCAUCACGUUCUCCCUGUCUAACUCCUUACACAACUUAUUCUUCCUCACAAUCCCACUGCUCAACCCCUAACCCCAUCUCAACGGAAAUGGUAAAUGUAGAGUUGGCUUAUUCAGACUCACUUUGACGUGACGCAUUCAACAUUGUACGACAUAAUUACAUUUUGGUUUAUAUAUACGCAUUUCAAGCUGUAGCAUUCUAAGUUUAAUAAAUAAAUAUUUAAGUAUGUG